UUUCUAUUGUGAUAGAAGUUUCAGAAUGACUCCAUUUUUAGUUUUGUUGUGUCUGUCUUUCAUUCUUAUAAGCAGUACUGAAGGAGCAAAAAGUGUUGAAGAUCUUGAAAUAGACAGACAACUCAAGAUUCUGAACAAACCCUACAUCAAAAGCAUCAAGACUACAGAAGGUGACAUCUUUGAUUGCAUUGAUAUCUAUAAACAACCGGCCUUUGAUCAUCCUUUGCUUAAAAACCAUAGCAUUCAGAUGAAACCUAGUUCUUUCCCAGAAAGAGCGGAAGAUAGAACUCUACCACAUGCAGCAGGCAAGACUUCUGCAGUUGGAUUGAGUGAAGGCUGCCCAUUUGGAACCGUUCCCAUCAAGAGGACUCGGAAGGAAGACUUAAUCUGGGCAAAAAUAGUCGUGAAAAAAUCUGGGGCAGAUGCUGCCUCUCCUCCUACUCAUUAUGCAAGAAGAAAAUUACCAAGCAGUCCAGGCAAAAAUUAUAUGGGAGCUGGCGCAAUUCUCAAUAUACAAAACCCACAAGUUAUAAAUAAUCAAUUCAGCCAGGCAUUUGUACAGAUCCGAAAUGGCGUUGAUGUGAUUCAAGUCGGGUGGAUGGUAAAUCCAAAACUACAUGGCGAUAAUACUACGCGAACCUUUGGUGCAUGGACUGCAGGUGAAGAUGGUUGUUUCAAUAUGCUCUGUUUGGGUUUUGUGCAAACAAACUCAAAAUUUCCUCUCGGUUAUGUCCUUGAUUCGAUUUCCCAAUACGAAGGAGAACAGUUUUAUGUAAGAUGCAACAUAUUCAAGGAUAGGAAAUCAGGAAAUUGGUGGCUUGCACAUGAUAGUUUAUUUUCAGAAGAACCUGUUGGGUAUUGGCCAAACUCCUUAUUUUCAAGUCUAUCCAGCUCAGCAGCUGAGAUAACUUGGGGAGGGGGAGUUUACACAGACAACAAUGCAACUAGUCCUCCAAUGGGAAGCGGCCAUUUUGCAUACGAAGGCUACUCUAGGGCUGCUUACGUGGAUGAACUUGAGUUUGCAGAUGAAUCCAACAAAUGGAUAUAUCCUGAUUACAAUUCACUGCAAUAUGAUGCAGAUAUCCGAAAAUGUUACACCAUAAAUGCUCUAUUUGAAUCUGACCAUGGCUACCUAUAUGGUGGCCCUGGUGGUAAUUGUCAAGCCUAAUUUAACUUUCAUUUUGUAGUUUUUGAAUCUCA